AUGGCGUCCGGCAGAAGCACACUGGCCGAAAGCCUCCGGGAGCUGUACCAGUUCAGCGUGGUCGAUUACUGCAUGUUCGGUGCGAUGCUGAUCCUUUCGGCGGCUUGUGGGAUUUAUUUCGGGUUCUUCAAACGAUCCAAAGGCGGUGAUGCGGACACACCGGAAAGUAGCAGUAGCGACGACGAAGGUGGCCAUCGAUCGGCGGCACGGCCUGCCGGCAAACAGGCCACCACAUUCGGUUCAUCCACCAUGGACGAGUAUUUGCUGGGAUCACGGAAGCUGAAAGCAUUUCCGGUCGCCAUGAGCCUGGUGGCGGGAUACAUUUCCGGUGUGACGAUAUUAGGAACGCCGGCUGAAAUCUACAAUUUCGGCACGCAAUACUGGCUGAUCGUGGUACCUAUUCUACUAAUGGGAGUGGCCGUUUGUAGCAUCUACUUGCCGGUGUUUUGUUCGCUGAAGCUAAACUCAUCGUACGAAUAUCUGGAGCUGAGGUUCAAUUCGUACGUUCGGUCAAUCGCUUCCGUGAUGUUCGUGAUAGAUGAGCUGCUAUUCCUCCCAAUGAUCAUCUACGUGCCAGCGUUAGCCUUUAACCAAGUAACCGGUUUCAAUCUGUACAUCAUAGGCGCAAUAGUGUGCGUUGUUUGCAUAUUCUAUACGCUUCUGGGAGGCAUCAAGGCGGUUGUAUUUACCGAUGCCUGGCAGGUUGUGGUGAUGUUCAUCUCCGUCGUUGCUGUCGUUAUAAUCGGUACGAUCGCGAUUGGUGGACCGGAUGUUAUCUGGGAUCGGUCGUGGGAGGGCGGACGAAUUGAUUUCUUUAACUUUAAUCCAUCGAUGUACGAGCGACAAACCUUCUGGGCCGUCCUUAUUGGUGGAUUCUUCUACUGGACGUCGUUUAAUUCCGUCAACCAAACGAUGGUGCAACGUUACAUGUCCUUGCCGAACCUGAAGAAAGCAAAGUUAUCCAUCGCCAUGUUCACCAUUGGAAUGGGUGUUUUCGUGUCGGUUUGCUGCUACGCUGGUCUGCUGCUGUACGGCAAAUAUUAUGGGUGCGAUCCUGCAACCGUUGGGUUGGUCACGACGGAUGAUCAGCUGUUUCCGCAUUACGUCAUGGAAGCGGUUGGGAAGCUCAAGGGCAUACCGGGUCUGUUCAUUGCCGGCGUGUUUGGAGCCGCCCUUAGCUCGCUCUCGGUCGUACUGAACUCUACCUCUGCCGUCCUGCUGGAGGACAUUCUAAAAGGCCUUUUCCGGGUAAACCCGAGCCCGUUCGUAGCGAAUAUUUUUGUACGGGGUAGUGUUGUCGUUCUCGGUCUAGCCGCCAUGGGAUGUCUUUUCAUUAUCGAGAAGCUGGGAGGAAUCUUGAGUGUGGCCACAUCCCUGUCUGCUAUUGCGGCCGGAACUACGUGUGGUAUCUUCACCCUCGGUAUGCUUGUACCAUGGAGCAACACAAAAGGUGCCUUGUUCGGUGGUGUCUCGGGUGCACUUCUGUCCGGUUGGGUGUCUCUCGGAAGCCAAUUUGCCAGUGCAGCCGGUGAGAUUGUCCCUCACAAACUGCCCGUCUCGGUGGACGGGUGCAUCGAGGAUCUGGUGACAAACGUUACGAUGGUGAAUCCCACCUACCCGGACGAGACGGGAGUGUUUCCGUUGUACCGGUUGUCCUACCACUGGAUAACACCGAUCGGUGUCAUUACCGUGCUCGUCGUCGGCACGAUCGUGUCGUUCAUCACAGGACCGCGGGAUUUGCGCUACAUCGAUCCGGAGCUCAUCUCGCCCGUCAUUCAUCGGUUUCUGCCGCAGGAGUCCUUCGGAAACUAUGGAACAGCCAGCAAACAGAAUGCUGGCAGGCGGUCGGUGGAAUUUAGCGAAGAAAUGCAACCGCAAACGAAUACGUCAACUUCGGCCAACAUGCCGUACGGAUCGACGACUGAGCGCAACGGACAGGUGACGAAAUCUCGAUGAUGAAGCAGCAUGUCCUGCAAACUACGAUAGCAAAAAAAGACACAUAUCCCGGAGGAAUUCCGACCGAGGGACACGGGAUAUUCGCCGCAGCUUCUUGCCAAACUUGGUCGCCAAAUGGAUCUGAUCCACCGAUGACAUAGAGAAGCGCGUAGCCAAACGUACAAGUGAAUCCCACAUAAAUCAUGCGUGCGUAUAUGUGCGGCUAUUCCAGGUGUAGUUACUUUUUCGCCAGUAAGACUGUGUACUAUUCAAUCAGGAGUCUACCUUGUACUUCCUAGUAGGUGAGAUUGCGGUAAAGCUAGGAAUGUGAGCAAAUUUUAAAUGGUUUUUUAACGAUUGGUGAUUGUUUUUGGUUUUCCAUAUUAUAUUUGUUAGGUUGUGUUUUAGUACACCUACUAUUUACGAAACAUAUAAAAAAAUGUACCACAAUUCCUCAUACCGAUCCCAUCUCACCUUCCCGAACCCCAUGUAUCGUUACACGAUCUGUGAUAGACUAUGGUGCAAAGUGCAAAAAAAAAACGUUUGCGAUUUGAGACUAGCUUUUUUGUUGUUAUUGAUUGUAUGAAGCUGUUUGCCAUCGAAGUAGAGGUCGCCUAGUGUUAACGCUGUACUUACUACGGUGUGCUAAAGAGGGAAGUGUGCAUUCAAGAUGUGCGUUUGAUACGGUAGGAUAAGUUGAUAUAACAAUUGUGCGAAAUAAAGACGAUAUA